UAGACUAAGUUCUCUAGAAAUACACGAAUGAAAUGGUUAAACUUACACGGAUUAAUUGAUAGAUUUGCCUUUAAACGUGUGUUGUUUCAGGUGGAAUAUAACUGGCGGACAUAUUACAUUUUUUGACCAUGGCAUUAGAGGAAUUUGCUGAAUCAGAAGGACGUUUGCGUUUGAGAUUACGAUGGCAACUGCUUGCAUUUCUUUGUUUCAGUCACAUUGUUUGUGGUCAAAUUCGAUAUUCUGUUCCGGAGGAGAUGAAAAAAGGAUCGCUAAUAGGUAACGUAGCACAAGAUCUAGGAAUAGAUUUGGAAAGGCUCCGAACAGGUCGGGCCCGUAUCGUGACCGGAGAGAGCAUUCAGUACACGGAGCUGAAGACAGACAAAGGGAUUCUAGUCGUGGGUGAGAGGAUAGACCGAGAGCAGCUCUGUGGCGACGUCACUCCGUGUAGCUUCAGCUUCGAAAUAAUAUUAGAAAAUCCUAUGGAGCUCCAUCGUGUAACAGUUGAGAUUUUAGAUGUUAACGACCAUGCACCUGUUUUUCCAAAUAAAGUUGUAAACUUUGAAAUCAGUGAGUCAGCUACAAUUGGAGCACAAUUUCCACUGGAGAGCGCAGAGGAUGACGAUGUAGGACUUAAUGGUCUCCAGGACUAUGUUCUAACCCCCAGCGAUAAUUUCAUUCUUAAACAACUUGCGAAUCCAGACGGUAGUAAAUAUGCUGAAAUGGUACUUCAGAAACUGUUAGACAGAGAAGAGUAUCCCCGUCUAUCUUUAAAGUUGAUCGCUGUAGACGGUGGAAGUCCGCAGAGAUCUGGCACAGUAAACAUAGAAAUCACUGUACUAGAUGCUAAUGAUAAUGCUCCCGUGUUUAACCAGUCCGUCUACAGAGCCACUGUGAUGGAAAACUCCCAGAAGGGCACCUACAUCAUAACUGUUAAUGCCACUGACGCAGACUCUGGGGCAAACGGACAAAUGUCUUAUAGUUUUUCGAAAUUGAAGGGUGGCAUAGCGGAUAUAUUUGUAAUAAAUAGAGAUACUGGAGUUAUAUCUGUUUCUGGGCAAAUAGAUUACGAAAAAGAUAAGAAAUUUGAACUCCGGAUAGAAGCAAAGGAUCAAGGUGGCCUAACAGGCACUAGUAAAGUUAUAAUUGAAGUUGCAGACGUUAAUGACAACCCACCUGUUAUAAACGUCAUGUCCUUCUCCAGCCCCGUGUCAGAAGACGCUCCGCCAGGUACCACGAUUGCAAUUAUCAAUGUUAAAGAUGUUGACUCCGAGAGAAACGGUCAGAUUACUUGUUCCAUUGACUCAAAACUCCCUUUUAAAAUUAUGUCGUCCUUAACCAACUACUAUAAUUUGAUAUCAGAAGAAUCUUUUGAUCGAGAAUCAACUGCUGGAUACAAUAUCACCAUAACAGCAACUGAUUCAGGUUCACCUCCCCUCUCUAACACCAGAACGCUACACCUGAGAAUAUCUGACGUCAAUGACAAUGCUCCUAAUUUCGAUAAAAGCACAUAUUCAGCAUACAUAACAGAGAACAAUUCACCAGGAGCGUCCGUAUUUACUGUCAAAGCGAGUGAUUCUGACUCUGAUAAGAACUCGAGAAUAUCCUAUUUUAUUGAUGAGGCCCCGCUCAUUGGUAGCCCAAUAUCUACUUAUAUAUCAAUUAACUCUGAGACUGGAGCCUUGCACGCUGUUCGCUCAAUUGAUUAUGAACAAAUAAAACAACUUAAACUUGUGGUCAAGGCGCAAGAUAGUGGCUCUCCUCCGCUCAGUAGCAACGUAACUGUAAAUAUAUUCAUACAAGACCAGAACGACAACGCACCUCAGGUUCUUUACCCAGUCCAGACUGGCGGCUCUCUGGUGGCUGAAAUGGUGCCACGUUCAGCAGACGUGGGCUAUUUGGUCACUAAAGUGGUGGCUGUUGAUGUGGACUCUGGACAGAAUGCCUGGCUCUCCUAUAAACUGCAGAAAGCCACAGACAGGGCGCUGUUUGAAGUGGGCUUACAGAAUGGGGAAAUAAGAACUGUUCGCCAAGUGACUGAUAAAGAUGCAGUGAAACAAAGGCUCACUGUUGUAGUGGAGGACAACGGGCAGCCCUCACGUUCAGCUACAGUCAAUGUUAACGUGGCUGUGGCGGACAGCUUCCCUGAAGUGCUCUCGGAGUUCACUGACUUUACGCACGACAAGGACUACAAUGACAACCUGACUUUUUACUUAGUCUUGGCUUUGGCAGUAGUUUCAUUUCUGUUCAUCACGUGUUUGGUGGUGAUUAUAUCAGUGAAAAUAUACAGAUGGAGACAGUCUCGUAUCCUCUAUCAUUCCAAUCUCCCAGUGAUUCCUUAUUAUCCACCGCGUUACGCAGACACUUUGGGGACUGGAACUCUGCAGCACGUGUACAAUUACGAGGUGUGCAGGACGACUGACUCCAGAAAGAGUGACUGUAAGUUCGCCAGACCCGGUAGUCAGAACGUCCUGAUAAUGGACCCCAACUUGACAGGAACCAUGCAGCGGAUACACAGUGAAAAGAGCAUCUUAGAUGAACCAGACUCUCCACUGGAGGUGAGUGUCCUUUAUGUUUACGGUAAGGGACGCUGUUGA